UGUCUGACGUGGCGGUGUGGGCAUAUAUCUUUGCGUUCGCGGCGCAACCGCACGCCAACGCAGGCAAGGGCGUCACCAUGAGGGCGGCCGGGUCGUUUGACCGUCGACUCUCCUCCUUUCUCUUCGUCUCCCUCCGUUUCGCCGUGCCGGAAUUCGGUUUGGGCUUCCUCGGUUCCCUCUGAACCUGUUCUUCUUGGACUGCUUCGCCUCCAUGGACAGCUAGCUCGUCCUGCCGUGAGAGCCCUGCGGAUUGAUGGGGUGCUUCGCCUUCAAGAGCGGCAAGGGCCGUCGGCGGCCGGCUGGCGGCGGCAAGCCUCCGGCGGAGCCGAAGCCGGACGGGCCGAAGCGGAGCAAGGCGUCCUCGUCGUCGGCGUCGACGCCGACGAGGAGCAUCCAGGAGCUGUCGGAGGAGCGGGGCGCGGCGCGGCUGCGCGUGUUCGGGCUGGAGGAGCUCGGCAGCGCCACCAACGGCUUCAGCCGCGCGCUCAAGAUCGGCGAGGGCGGCUUCGGCUCCGUCUACCGCGCCUUCUUCCGCUCCGCCGCCGGCGGCCGCGUCGUCCUCGCCGUCAAGCGCCUCAACCAGCGCAGCCUGCAGGGGCACAAGCAGUGGCUUGCCGAGGUGCAGUUCCUGGGCGUCCUGGAGCACCCGAACCUGGUGAAGCUCGUGGGCUACUGCGCGGUGGACUCGGAGGCGGGCAAGCACCGGCUGCUGGUGUACGAGUUCAUGCCCAACAAGACCCUGGACGACCACCUCUUCAGCCGAGCCCACCCGCCGCUCCCCUGGAGGACGAGGCUGCAGGUCAUGGCCGGCGCCGCGCGCGGCCUCGACUACCUCCACCGCGGCCUCCCGGAAGUCCAGGUGAUAUACAGGGACUUCAAGGCGUCGAACGUGCUGCUGGACGGCGAGUUCCGGCCGAAGCUGUCGGACUUCGGGCUGGCGCGGGAGGGCCCGACGGAGGGGCGGACGCACGUGUCGACGGCGGUGGUGGGCACGCACGGCUACGCGGCGCCGGACUACAUCGAGACGGGGCACCUCACGGUGAAGAGCGACGUGUGGGGGUUCGGGGUGGUGCUGUACGAGAUCCUGACGGGGCGGCGGUCGGUGGAGCGCAGCCGGCCGGCGGAGGAGCAGAAGCUGCUGGGGUGGGUGCGCCGGCACCCGCCCGGAGGGGACAGCUUCAGGACCAUCAUGGACCCGCGGCUGGGCGGGCGGUACCCGCUGGCCGCCGCGCGCGACGCGGCGAGGCUGGCCGACCGCUGCCUCGGCAAGAACCCCAAGGAGCGGCCGGCCAUGGCGGAGGUCGUGGAGGAGCUCGAGCGGGUGCUGCGGAUGGAGCCGGCCCCGCCUCCGGCUCCGGCGACACCCAAGAGGUGACCGAGAUGUACUCGAUGGAUCAGUGAGGAUUCACACAGUUUAUCUGCUGCAUCCGCAGGUGUACUCGAUGGAUGCUGACCGAGUGAGAGUUGUAUAGACUAUAGAGAUACCGCGAGACACGAAGGCGUACGGUUGGUGCGCCACCGAUUAAGGUGUCAUUGCAUUUGGUUA